AUGGUUACCAGUCUCUUAGAAAAAGAUGAGUGGAUUAAUUUGAGAGAAAACUUGACUGUGUCAUGUGUCUUAGAAGCAUUGAGCAUAAAUAUAAAUGAUGAAGAAAGACUUGAUAAUAUGAAUAUUGAAGAUUUUUCAAAAAUUACUAGCUUCCAGUUAGACAAAUCGCUUGAUGAGAAGAGUUCCUUUUGUGACAGCAGCAUGAAGAUCUUUAGAAUCUCUGAUUGUACUGGGACAAAGGAUUCUUAUUCUACAAAAAAGGAGACCUUUUCUUCACUACCACUGAGACCUACAUCACUACAGUAUAGUACUUCUAUAGUAGACAACAAUGUACCUACUGAAAAUCAUGUCAAGGAUUACAAAUUACAAAAUGAAAUUGAAAAAUCAAUGAAUAUUGGAAACCAUGGAGAGGAAAAAAAUGAUCAACUAGUUAAUUGCAAGAAAGUGUUUAUCUCAGCAAAUAGUACAUUAAGAAAUAAAAAGUCAGUUCCACCUAAACAGCUGAGAAAAUGUAAAGAUGACUUUGACCUAUUGAGUAAUUUUAUCAUGCUGAGAUCUAAACAGGUGAUCACCCAAAGUGAAGAAACAAAUAAUGUGGAUAUGCAAGAAAAAGGUUUUGAUGCUAAGGAAGAAAGACCUCCAUUUGAAAGCCACAAGAGUCCCGUUGUUCCUGGGACAGCAGUUCCUAUGGAAAACCAAGCCAAAGACAAUCAUACACUAGCUUUCAUCAAAAUUAAAACAUCAGAGUGUCAGUCUCAGGCAUAUCAUAUCCUUGAAGCUGCAGUGGCUCCAGUUUUGAUAGAGCUUAUAAACCUUGGCAUGCAGAAUUGGAGGUUUGCCACACUUAAUUCUGAUAACACCAGAUUUUUUUUAAAACAACAAGAGAAAAUGAUCAGUGACACAUUGAAACAAGGUAGGAAAGAUGGAAAAUAUAUUUUGGUAUUUAAACAUGCUGCAAUUCUUCAUUUGCUGGUUACAGUUCGUGAUCUUUUGUUAACCUGUAACUUGACCACUGCAUUAGAGUAUCUGUCCAAGGCAAAAGACAAUUAUAAGGAUUUCCAAGACUAUGGCCUGGAUAUUAUUUGGAAACAGCUGAAAAUUGUGAAGUUUGUUGUGCAGGAGCACAAAGUCAGUCCCAAAGUAACAGAAUUACAGCAUCAAAUUUCUAAGUGGGUACAGAAUAAAACAAAUGAUCAGAAUAAGGUAGUAAUUGUGAUUAGAAUGGAUUCUGACGAAGAAACAGAAGUCCUAACCAAUACCAUUAAUACAGUGCAAGGUUUGAAAGCCAUAUAUUUGAAUUCGAAAGAAAGGGGAAUGUUGUUCAACAGUAAAUAUAUAACAAAUAGUUUGGAACUAUAUUCUUGUAUCGUUGUACAUAAUCAACAUAUUGGGCCUGAUUUCCCCUGGACUAAUUUUUCUUUAGUGGUAGAGUACAACUACACUGAAAAUUCCUGUUGGAUUGAUCUAUGCAAAAAAUUGAAUAUAUCUUACUUAAUUCUCCAAACAGCUCCCCCAGAAGCAAUUGAAACUGAAGAGUUUUUGCCAGAUAAUUUUGGAUAUGUCCUUCUGAGGUUGCCAAUUCCUUAUGUUUUUUUGACAUCUGAAGGACUUCUCAAUACCCCAGAAAUCCUUCAGUUACUGGAAUCCAAGUAUAAUAUUACAUUAAUUGAAAGAAACUGCUGUGAGGCCUUACAGUAUUUUGGAGGCACAGAACAUUAUGUUGUGAUGACUAUAGAUGAAUGCACAGCUAUUGUUAUGCAGAACAUGGAAGAACUCAACUAUGAAAAAUCCUCUGAUAAUAUUGUGUUAAGACUGAUGGUGCUAUCACUGCAGUAUACCUCGUGUUGGAUUAUUUUAUACUCCAGAAAACAAUUAAAUUCUAAAUACAGCCUAACUGGAAAAACUCUGCAUCAUCUUGCUUUGAUUUAUGCAGCCCUGAUUCCUUUUGCGCAGAAGUCAGAAGACUUUGAAGUGAAGGUGGUUCUUACACCAGGAGUUGAAGAGACAGCACUUUUGGUUCGCCAGAUAGCUGACCACAUUCUAUUAGCUUCUAAACAACAUCCUCAGGAGUGGCUGAACAAGUCAUGGCUUUCUGUUCUGCCAUCAGAGGCAGAGAAAUGCUUGCUUACAUUUCCAUGCAUGAAUCCACUAGUUGCUCAACUCAUGCUAAAGAAAAGUUCACUGGAAUGGCUCCUGGCAGCAUCUUUUGCUGAGCUUCAGGAACUUUUGCCUGAAGUGCCAGAAAAAGUUUUGGAGAAUUUUAGUGAUAUCACAUCAUUGUACAUCCUCAAGCCAUUAACAAGGCCGGAAAUACAAAAAGAAAUUAUGCCUCCUCAAGGAAACAUUAAUUCUGCCAUCUGCUCUUGUUCUCAACUUCCAUUUCCUGAGGCUUUGUUCUCCAGAUUUCAAGGACAUAGUCCCUUUACUGAGCAUUCAGAUUGCUUUCAUGAAGAACAGAGCAAAAACUGUUCCCUGGAUAUCUGCCAGAAUGGAUCUUGCGGUUCUCUGAAAUCAACUGGAGAACAUAGUUUUGUCGUACCUUCAAUAUUAUAUGAGGGAGACAUCUGUCCCUUUCAAGAUAAUGUAAAGGAAGAGAGGCAACUUUAUCUCCCAUUUCUGAAAGAAGUGGAAACAGAAAGAAGAAUAAAUGCAUCACAUCUAACACUGAACAAUAUUGGAGGUCCUGCUCAUAUCAAUAAUGAAACCACAAUGCCAUAUUUGCGCUGUAAUCAGGACUUUAGCUCUUAUAUUGAGAAUUGUCCACAAAAUAGAAUGACUGUUUCAGAAGUUGUCAAAGGCCAACAGCUAGAGAUCUCUGAUUUCUUAAAGAAUCCUAUCUAUCAUGAUGCUAAAAAUGAACACUUGGGAAAAAAGCAACCUCUUGCACAACAACUGAACUCUAUCCAUGAUUUCAAGCAUUUUUGUCACUUAAUUUCUAGUAGAAAAGAUGUUCCAUUCCAGCAAAGCUCAGGCAAUUUUUUAGAAAUAGGAGGAAAAACAAGUAGCAGUCCUGAAUUACAAUUUGAGGAAAGAUUUUGGGGUGACCCCCCAUUCAUACAAUCAAUGGAUUCAUCUCCCUAUGAUUCACAUGUAUGCAAAGCCAUAUCCAGUCCAGAUAGGUUUAUGAACUUGAGCAUUCAGUAUACUGGAGAAUAUUCCAGGGGGAAAGGAUCUACUUCAUUAUCAGCUGAACAAAGAAAACAAGAUGUUUCAGAAUUCAUGCAAUUACCCCAGCUUAAAAAAAGGCGUCUCACAUUCGAAAAAGAUCCUGGGAGACAUGAUGGCCAAACACGUCUCAAAUUUUUUUACUUAUUAAAGGAUAGAAUAUAUGAAUUAAAUCUGUAUAGUUGUAGACUGCUUAUUUGUUAA